GGGUUGUGGAGGCUGGAGUUUAGCCCAGGUCUCGUUUUUAAGCAAGGCCGUGGGAGAGUGGGGUGCAGCCCCGGGCUGUGGGCCUCAGGCGCUGCGCUGCCCUUCCAACAGCUGUAAUGGAACCCAGGCGUGCCCGGGGGAGUGGUGGAGUCAGCAGUGCUAACAGCGCUGGUGUAAGAUGCACGAAUGGAAUAUCCAUGGGGAAACUUUGGCUAAUAGAACAUUCAGGCUCGUUGCAGGUGGUUCUUGGCUUGUUGUAAUGGAGAAGACAGAUGUGGAGGGAACGCUGUUUGUUUACACGAGAUCGGCUUCUCCAAGGCAUGGUUUCACAAUCAUGAACAGACUGAGCAUGGAAAAUCGAACAGAACCUAUUACUAAAGACCUUGAUUUCCAGCUACAGGACCCCUUCCUACUCUACAGAAAUGCCAGGUUGUCCAUAUAUGGGAUUUGGUUUUAUGACAAGGAAGAAUGCCAAAGAAUUGCAGAGCUCAUGAAAAACCUAACUCAGCAGGAGCAGUUCAAAGCACAGCAGGGCACAGGAGCAGGGGCGUCCCCCAUGAUCAUGAAUUCUGCUAAUAACAAAGAAGUGGAUAUCUUACGGAUGCUUACCAAGGCCAAAGAUGAGUAUACCAAGUGUAAGACCUGCUCAGAGCCAAAACAAAUAACCAGUUCCUCUGCAAUCUAUAGCAACCCCAACCUGAUCAAACCGAUUCCAGUGAAGCCGAGUGAGAAUCAGCAUCAGCGAAUCUCCCAGCAGAGCAAGAAUGCGGAUCCUGAGCCCCAGCACUUGUCUUUGACAGCGCUGUUCGGCAAGCAGGACAAGCCGGAUGUCUCAGAAGCCCUUAAUAAGCAGCAUCAGGAGAACCUCCCCGUCAGGCAGGGUGUGGUUCGCUCGCUGUCCUACGAGGAGCCCAGCAGGCACUCGCCCUGUGCAGAGAAGCAGCUCUGCCCUGCCAUCCAGAAGCUCAUGGUGCGUGGCACAGACCUUCAUCCCCUCGCCGAGUUCCCCGAGAGCCGCCUCUGUGAAAAUGGCAAUAUCCCCCCUGUGGGGGAGACUUUCACAGGGCUCUUCCAACCUGUGACUUCCCACGGGAUUGCAGCGUCUCACGUGGUUCAGGACACUGCUGGCACUCAGAGCUUACUGCAGAAACUGCAAAGUCAGCCAGGGUCGGUGACCAAAAUGGACCCCGGUGCCACAGGACCUGGGAACUCGACAGCUCCCGUGUUCAGCAGGACUCCUGCUCCUGUUGGAGCACCAGCAGCACCAGUAAAUAACAUGAGCCAGCCCCCUCUGGUGUAUUUCAAUGGGUCCCUACCAGGCCAGACUUUAGAGGCUCAGACACUUGGUAAAGAACAGUCCAAACUUCCCAGGCAGCCACUUCCUCUCUCUGGCAAUCAAGCAGCCAACUCUGGGGUGAUUUCACCUCAAGAAUUAUUGAAAAAGCUCCAGAUUGUGCAACAAGAACAGCAGCUCCAUGUAUCCAGCAGACCAACGUUGGCAGCUAAGUUCCCUGUUGUUGCCCAGAACACCAAUGCCCUGAAACCACUGGAUUCCUGGAUAGAAAAGGCUCCGGGCACGGAAAAACAGAGCUCUCUCUUGCAGGUCAUCUCACCUCAGCGCAUUCCUGCCACGGUGACUCCCACGCUGCUGAUGUCCCCAAUGGUGUUCACCCAGGCCACGCCUGCUCCUCCAAAAGCCCCUGAGAGCGGCCGUUUGGCAGCAGCAAACCCCGAGCCCGCCGCCAGCUCGGCCAGUCUGCUCCUGCCCCUGCCAACCCCAGAGCCAGCCGUGGGCAGCAGCACCUCCAUGACCAAGAUGCAGCUGCAGGAAACACUGCUACACCUCAUCCAGAAUGACGACAACUUCUUAAACAUUAUUUAUGAAGCAUACCUCUUCAGUGUGAGGAAGGCAGCAAUGAAAAAGUCCAUGUGAAAGACGAUCUUUUAAUCCAAUUUCCAUGGCUUCCUGAACUCCAGGAAGAAGAUUUGGAAGUUUUCAAGUAUGAUUAUGUUUGAAGAAAGGAAUGUUCUUAGGCAUUUUGCGUACACUUCGAUUUUCCUUGUUGGCAAGUACAUGCUGUACUGAGAAGAAGGUGAGCAGAAAUGGAUUGUGCCUUUAGCGAGGGGAGCGUCACGAUGCUGAAGAAUUACUCACAAAAUAUCUUAAAUUAUUUUUCUUACCCUGGUCCAUACUUAGAGUCGGUUUCCCGGCGUAAGGACUCAGUUCUCAGGAUCCGGUUUCCUUUUUCACUUGCAGUGUGGUUGCUCAUUGCCGAGGUAUUUGUCCGCUGGUGCUCCCCGAGCCGUCCUGCGCAGCUGUCCCGGAACGCGCCCGUCCCUGACCACAUGGUGGCAAUGUUGGACUAUUUUUAGGAACACGGAAUUCCGCGUGAGCCCUUGCAACGGGAAGUUUCGGGAAGACUGAUCAUCGUACUUAGUUGUCUGCAAAGCAAUUUAGAAGAAGUGUCAUGACUUCCCCCAAAAUUUUUGUAGUAAAAUCUUUUUCUAUUUUGACAAGAAUAUUUUUAGCUAGCUGUAGAAAUGGGAUUCUGCAGGCGUUUGAGGAACUGGGGGGGGGGGGGGGGGGGGGGGGGUGGGUUUGUGAAUGUACUUGCUAUCACAUAGCUCUGGGGUGACACUGGAUUCAUGUUUCUGUUAUUCCAGCUCCAAUCUGCAUAAUCAUAAGCAAUGUGAAAAUUUUUUAAGGGGAAGGCUACCUGGUGUAUUAAUUUUUUUUUUUAAGUGUGUUCCUGGAGCACAGUGAUUUCAUUGAUCCAUUUCUAAAGGAAAUAAAAUGGAUAAUCCCUA